UCACCUUCAGAUCUACAGUUUGAGGAUGGGUGUAACCGACAUAGUUGUCGAGUGAGAGCUGACAUUCACUGCACAAACAUGUUGUUUAGAUCAGAGCUCAAACUUGAUUCACUUCUCAGGAUGUGAAACUCAGACAGUCGUUGCUACUGAGAGGUGAAAUGGCGCAGAAAGGAGUUCAGCUGGAGCGGGAAACCUUCUCUUGUUCGAUCUGUAUGGAUCUACUGAAGGAUCCGGUGACUACUCCAUGUGGACACAGCUACUGCAUGAACUGUAUUAAAAGCUUCUGGGAUGGAGAGGAUGAGAAGAAGAUCUACAGCUGCCCUCAGUGUAGGCAGCCCUUCACACCGAGGCCUGUCCUGCUGAAAAGCACCAUGUUAGCAGUUUUAGUGGAGGAGCUGAAGAAGACUGGACUCCAAGCUGCUCCUGCUGAUCAUUGCUAUGCUGGACCUGAAGAUGUGGCCUGUGAUGUCUGCACUGGGAGGAAACUGAAAGCCUUCAAGUCCUGUCUGGUGUGUCUGGCCUCUUACUGUGAGAUACACCUCCAGCGUCAUUAUGGCUCAGCUCCGUUAAAGAAACACAAGCUGGUGGAGCCCUCCAAGAAGCUCCAGGAGAACAUCUGCUCUCGUCACGAUGAGGUGAUGAAGAUGUUCUGUCGUACUGAUCAGCAGUGUAUCUGUUAUGUCUGCUCUGUGGAUGAACAUAAAGGCCACGACACCGUCUCAGCUGUAGCAGAAAGGACCGAGAGGCAGAGAGAGCUGGAGGUGAGUCGACUCAACAUCCAGCAGAGGAUCCAGGACAGAGAGGAAGAUGUGAAGCUGCUCCAACAGGAGGUGGAGGCUGUCAAUCGCUCUGCUGAUAAAGCCCUGAAGGACAGUGAGAAGAUCUUCACCGAGCUGAUCCGUCUCAUGGAGAAACAAAGCUGUGAUGCGAAGCAGCAGGUCAGAUCCCAGCAGAAAAGUGAAGUGAGUCGAGUCAAAGAGCUUCAGAAGAAGCUGGAGCAGGAGAUCACUGAGCUGAAGAGGAGAGACGCUGAGAUGACGCUGCUCUCACACACAGAGGAUCACAAUCAGUUUCUACUCAACUACCCCUCACUGUCACCGCUCAGUGAAUCUACACACUCGUCCAGCAUCAAUAUCCGUCCUCGGCGCUACUUUGAGGACGUGAUGGCGGCUGUGUCAGAAGUCAGAGAUAAACUACAGGACGUUCUGAGAGACAAAUGGACAAACGUCUCACAGACAGUGACUGAAGUAGAUGUUUUACUGUCACAACCAGAGCCCAAGACCAGAGCUGGAUUCUUAAAAUAUUCACGAGAAAUCACACUGGAUCCAAACACAGCAAACACACUGCUGUUAUUAUCUGAGGGGAACAGAAAAGCAACAGCAAUGAGUCAACAACAGUCUUAUUUUAGUCACCCAGACAGAUUCACUGGAUGUUGGCAGGUCCUGAGUAGAGAGAGUCUGACUGGACGUUGUUACUGGGAGGUGGAGAGGAGAGGGGAAGGAGUUUCUGUAGCAGUCGCAUACAAGAGUAUCAGGAGAGCAGGGGGGUCGAAUGAAUGUUUUGGAUACAAUGACAAAUCUUGGGCGUUAGAUUGUAACCAACUCAGUUAUAGCUUUUUGUACAACAGUAUCAAAACCCCCGUCUCAGGUCCUCCGUCCUCCAGAGUAGGAGUGUACCUGGAUCACAGUGCAGGUAUUCUGUCCUUCUACAGCGUCUCUGAAACCAUGACUCUCCUCCACAGAGUCCAGACCACAUUCACUGAGCCUCUCUAUGCUGGACUUUGGCUUUUCGAUUACGAAGUCACUGCUGAGUUGUGUAAACUCAAAUAGACAUAAGUAAUUUAAGGGACAGCGGAUUCAAUUCUGUGUUUUAACUCUUAAAGGUAAUAACUUAUUACACUUACACUCUUAUAAAUCAUUGUGGGUCGGUGUUUCCUAUGCACGCUCGCGUGUGAUUACACUGUUCCAACACAAACUACACAGAAGCACCAAAACCGCAAAGUUAUAUCUAGUGAAGCCCGUCUUGCAAAACAGUGUCAACUAAUCCUGAUCCAGCCUCCCGACCGCUGACAGAAGACACGGGGGAGACUGUAGCUUUGGUCUCCAGGGCCGGACUCUCUGCUCCGCUGCCUGCCUGCUUGCCUUCACUCACACACCGCACUCGUUCUCACUUGCUCUCUCACGUGCAUGCGCGCACA